CCUGCCAAAAACGUCAAAACCAAUUGACAAAUGUUAGUUCUUUUCGUCGUUAUUUGUAAAUCCUUUAUUUUGAAGCGAUUAUCAAAUUAAUAUAUAAUUUGAAAAUGCAUUUUUAAUUUUAUAAGUCGAAUUGAAUCCACUCAUUCCUUAGUAUUAUACAUAUAAUCAGUAAAGAUUGAAUUGUCUCCACACACAAACUCAGGAUGGCUGCAGGAACAACCCUUCAAAAAGCUAUAGAAUUGGUGACAAAAGCGACCGAAGAAGAUAGGAAUAAAAAUUAUGAAGAAGCUCUAAGGUUAUAUGAACAUGGGGUUGAGUAUUUCCUUCAUGCAAUUAAAUACGAGGCUCAAGGAGAAAAGGCGAAAGAAAGUAUAAGAGCUAAAUGUACACAAUAUUUGGAAAGAGCCGAAAAGUUGAAAGAGUCUCUGAAAAAGGGACACAGGAAACCAAUUAAGGAUGGGGAAAAUGGAUCUAAAGAUGAUAAGAAAAGUGAUAGUGAUGAAGAAGAUGGAGAGGACCCUGAGAAGAAAAAAUUGGAGGGUAGACUAGAAGGGGCUAUAGUUGUUGAAAAACCAAAUGUUAAGUGGUCUGAUGUGGCUGGACUAGAUGCUGCUAAGGAGGCGUUGAAGGAAGCUGUCAUCCUGCCUAUCAAAUUUCCCCAUUUAUUCAGUGGUAAAAGAGCACCAUGGAAGGGUAUUCUUUUGUUCGGGCCCCCUGGUACUGGUAAAUCUUACUUGGCCAAGGCUGUAGCAACCGAAGCCAAUAACUCCACCUUCUUCUCCGUAUCGUCAUCGGAUCUAGUAUCAAAAUGGCUGGGUGAAUCAGAGAAGUUAGUAAAAAGCCUUUUCGAAAUGGCCAGAUCACAUAAACCCAGUAUAAUCUUCAUAGACGAAAUUGACUCAUUGUGUUCGUCUAGAUCGGACAACGAAUCGGAAUCUGCUCGUAGGAUAAAGACAGAGUUCCUCAUCCAAAUGCAGGGUGUUGGGCAUGACACGGAUGGUAUUUUAGUUUUGGGAGCCACCAAUAUACCGUGGGUACUGGAUUCUGCCAUCCGUAGGAGAUUUGAGAGAAGAAUCUACAUACCUCUGCCUGAAGAACAUGCCCGUGUCACCAUGUUCAAGAUUCACUUGGGAAACACACAAACUACCUUGUCCGAAGAAGAUAUAAAAGAAUUAGGUCGAAGGACUGAAGGAUAUUCGGGAGCUGAUAUCAGCAUUGUAGUAAAAGAUGCCCUGAUGCAGCCUGUGCGUAAAGUACAAACUGCUACCCAUUUCAAGAAAGUCAGAGGACCUAGCCCUAAGGACCCCAAUUUAAUGGUUGACGAUUUGAUGACCCCUUGUUCACCUGGGGAUCCGGGAGCUAUUGAAAUGUCUUGGUCAGAGUUGGAAGGAGAUAAAUUAGCCGAACCGCCUGUUACUAUGGGUGAUAUACUCAAAUCUUUGGCCACCUCUAAGCCAACUGUCAAUGAAGAGGACCUAGUAAGGCUUCAGAAAUUCACCGCCGACUUUGGUCAAGAAGGAUAGGAAGUUUGAUCACACUUAUACGUUUUUAGGAUAAUAAAAUAUAUUGCGAAUAUAGUUAUUUCCGAAGUCCAAUUGAAGUAUAUAUUUCAGUGAAUUAUAAAUAAUUCUCAAACAUUAUUUCCUAAGUGUUGCUUUAUUUUCUUAAUAAAUAUUUGCUCUAA